AUGUCACUUCCUUGUAUAUCUGAUAAACCGAUAUUAUCUCAAUAUAGUGCUACAAAAAUUAAUAAUAAAACAAAAGCUUUACUUGGAAAUAAUUUAGAGGAACCUCAAAUUUUAUCUAAACAUACUGAGGAAUUUAUAUGCACUCACAAAAAGGAAUCAGAAGAAAUUUUAUAUAAAAAUUUUAAAUCUAGGACUAGCUUAGAUUAUGAAGAGAUACUUUUUAAGCCGAGACAUGAAAGAUAUAGAUUACAUCUUUUGGGUGAUCUAAAAAACUAUACAAGAUCUCCAAAUUUAUCUAAAAAAUAUCUUAAUAUACACAAUAAUACCUCUGAUACUGAUUAUGAUCCUUCAUUUAAUAUUCCAAUAAAAAAAUUAGAAGCAAAAUUAGGAAAACAUUUUUCAAUUGAAAGGACGUUAUUUAAAAAGCCCGGAAGUGCUAAAAAUCCUAAAACUCAUAAUUCUUAUGAAAGAUUCUUUGCAGCUACAUUUCAAUCUUCAAAUCAAAGUAAACUUUUUCAACCAGGAUUAGAUCCAAUACCUUUAAUAAGAAAAGAAAAUAAUAGAUUAUUUUCUAAAAAUUAUAUAGAAAAAAGGCAACUUAAAUCUAAGGAAUUUAAAAAAAUUAAUAAUAGUAACAAAAAGUUAUUUAGUUCUAAGACUUUUAUAAAUUUGGAGUCUCAAAAAAAUAAACAAGUUGAGGAGACUUUUUUUCUAGAAAAGCAGAAAAAAAUUAUUAAUGGAAACGACUCUUAUUCUGAUUAUAAUUUGAUUAUUCGGGAAAAAAAUCCGUUUAUGGUUACACGUGAAAUGCUUCUCAAAGAAAUUAAGAGUUCAUAUAAAGGGCUUAUACAUUUGGAAUCUCAUGUGAAACUUCAGGAUAAUAUAUGUAAUCAGUUUGAUAAGAAAUUUUCGUUUUCUGAUAAAGAUCAUGAAAAAUUCAGAAAACUUAGCGAAUUACAUGAAGCUCUUUUAUUUUUAUAUAUAAAUUUUUUAUCACUUACUCAGCAUCCUUCAGCAAGUCUUUCAAUAAUGAAAAUUCCUAUUAAAUAUACUAUUCCGGCUAGGCUAUGGAGAAACUCCAUAUAUACUUAUCUCGAAAUUCUUCGUUCCCAACUUCCAUAUACUAUUGAGCAUUUGAUUUCGUAUAUUUUAUUUUCAUAUUCUCAAAUAACAGUUUUGCUUGAAACUGUUUCUACGUUUGAAAAUGAAUGGAUAGAAUGUUUGGGGGAUUUAGCAAGAUAUAGAAUGGCUAUUGAAGAAGUAGAUAUGGAAAGUAGAAAUCAUUGGAAUAAUGUCGCAAAGUAUUGGUAUGUUAAAGGAUUAAAGAAUUUACCUACGCUUGGAAGAUUAUAUCAUCAUUUGGCUAUCUUAUCGAAAGAUAAUAUAUUAGAAAAAUUGUUUUAUUAUUCUAAAGCACUGAUUGUUUCUAAAUCAUUCUCAUAUGCUAGAGGAUCCAUACUUUCUUUAUUUGAUCCAAUAUUUAUCCAUAAAGAAUCUUUGUGCUUUUCGAAUGCAUCUAAAAAUUCGGAUUUGAUUAAUAAUUAUGUAAAACUUCAUGGAUUAUUGUUUACUCGGCUCCAACUUGAUGAUUUUGAAGUGAUCCUUAAUGAUUUUCUUUCUCUUUUAAGUAAAGAAAAUAUUUGGAAUAAAGAAGGUGUAUUAAUGGCUAUUACGAAUGUUGUAGCACUAUUUCAAUACGGAAAUAAACAUGGAAAAUUAAAAUAUUUAAUAAGAGAGAGUAAGAUUAACAACAAGAAAAAGAGAAAGGAAACAUAUAAUUGUUUUUUUGAUAAAAAUUAUACUAAAUUGAAUCAGGAAUAUUUGGAAAGACUUACUACAGUUGAAAAUAAAACAAAUACUUUGUCUUAUAAUAUAAAUGAAAGUGAUCUUCCUGCAAUUAAUCAUUCUUUAUUCAAAGCGGCACAUAUUGCAUCUACAUUAUAUUAUCCUAUUAAUCUUAUUAACUCAUCUGAUUUAUCUGGGUGUCGUCAUUCUAUAAAAGAUCAAGAAACAUCAUCUAUUGACCAUAUAGUAUUUUUAAAGGCAUGUCAAUUACACUAUUUUAUUAUGUCACUUUCUAUCUCUAUAACAUCAUCAAACUCUCUUGCAUAUAAUUUUAUAUGUAUGAUAUUUUUAUAUUAUUGUUCAAACUAUUCAUCUGUUCUUUCUUCUAUGGAAAGAUUUAUACCAUGGUUUAAAAUUGCAGAAUAUUUGUCUAAUAUUAUUAAAAAAAUAAAGAAUAACAGUAUACUUGGAACAAGCGACCUUCCAGUUAGACAAAGUAAAAGUCCUUUACCUGAGGACUGGGCUUUAAGAGGUAUAAAUUGGUCCAAAAAAAUUUGGCCUAAAGCGUAUUUUGAAAAUAUGACAGAAGAUGAUUUUGAUUUUACAGUUGAACAACCUGAUGAUGAAAUUAUUGAAAUUAGAAUAAAAAGGAUUAUUUGGCUUGGAUUUAAAAUAGCUUCACUUUCUAAUAUUCUGUUGUAUAAUACUCAAACUCAACGUUUCACUAUUAGUGAAGAUUAUAUUAAUAAAAUUAAGUUUUCUAAUGAAUAUUUUGAAAAAGCGAUUUUAUCACUAUCUCAUACUCAUGUAUUUAAAUCAGAAAACGAGAAUUAUAAAAAUGAUAUAAAAUUUAAUGAUGAUCUAGAAGUACAAGGAGAAAGUGAAGAAAUUAAAAAUCUUAGAGAACGUCGUCGAGCUUUGAAGUCUAUAUUAAGUAAAAAUGAUUCAAAAAAAUUGGGAUGUAAUCAUAAAAAAGAUAUUCAGCACUUUUUUCGACAGAUUAAAUCUGGUUAUACGACUUUAGUUUUUGAUACCAACUUUUUAAUAUCUUAUUUAAAAUUAUUUCAUAAGGUUCUUUCUAUGAAUUCUUGGGAUAUUGUCAUCCCUCUUGCUGUUAUUUUUGAAUUAUAUGGAUUAAAUAAUAAACCUCCUCCUAUUGGCAUUGCUGCUCAUAAUGCAAUUAUUCUUAUUAUUUCUGCUUUGAAAUCUCAAAAAGCUAAGAUUGUUACAGUUAAAGGCAAUAUACUUCAUGCUUUGAAUUAUAUAUCAGAACAAUCAGAAGAUAAUUUUGAAGGUGAAAAAAGAUAUAGAAAUAUUGAUGACAGAAUUAUUCAGGUUGCUUUAUUUCAAAAUGAGAAUCAUGUGAAAUCUCAAAAAGGAUUAUUUGCAUCUGAAGAAUUUGAAAAAGUUGUAUUAGUUACAAGUGAUCUAAAUAUGAGAAUAAUUGCAAAAGCUAAAGGACUUGCUGCUAUAUCUGCAAUAGCUUUUAGAAAAGUUAUAAAACAAUAUUUAUAA